AUGCCCACCCUGACAGCGGGACACAUUUUGGGGGGCGAAUCCCCCCCCCCGCGGGGCAGUGAGUCUCCCUGGGAGGUGGACUGGGAGGUGGAGCUGGCUGCUGUCAUCGGGAAGAAGGGGCGGCACAUCGAGGAGUCAGCGGCGCUGGACCACGUCGUGGGCUUCACGGUGGCCAACGAUGUCAGUGCCCGGGACUGGCAGAUGAAGAGGAACGGGAGGCAAUGGCUGCUGGGGAAAACCUUCGACACCUUCUGUCCCCUGGGGCCGGCUCUUGUCACCAAGGAGGCGGUGACAGACGUCCACAACCUGAGCAUCCGCUGCAGCGUCAACGGGCGGCUGAUGCAGGACAGCAGCACCAGCCAGCUCAUCUUCAGGCUGCCCAAACUCGUUGCCUGGGUCUCCCGGUUCGUCACGUUGGUCCCCGGGGACAUCUUGCUGACGGGGACCCCUCCCGGCGUGGGGGUAUUUCGGAAGCCCCCUGUGUUUCUUAAGCGAGGAGACGAGGUGCGGUGUGAGAUCGAGGAGCUGGGCGCUAUCUGCAACAAGGUGGUGUGA